GCUGCUCAGACAGGCCUGCACAACCAUCAACUGGAUUAAGUUGCUGCAAUAAUGGAUGAAAGGAUCACUGAAAGCACCAUCAAAAUAACAGGCUGUUGUUCCAUUCUUCGUUUCUACUACAGGAUUCCCAGUAGCAUUCUUGCUGAAUCACUUUUCUACUUUGAUACUUGUCAGACCCCUUGCACAUGAAAUGCAUGUUGAUACCAGAGCCACAUGAUGAAGAGGUGUCUGCUAAAUCCAAAGAAUUACCCAGGGCAGAGGACAUGGGUCCAAAAUAGUUUCAACCUUUUGAACAAUAUGGCAGCUAAGCAGCUUCCAUUGUCACAGGAGACCUUGGCAGAGUUUAACAAUUCUUUGAAUACUGAGAAUCCAGGUGCCUCCAGAACCCGUGCUGGCUCCAUUUCUACCCGCCGCAGCUCUCAGUCUGUGGAUUUAAUUCCUAAACCUAUGCCACAUCUGAAAGACGCAGCCCGCAAUGUAAUCUCCUCUCGCCGGAACUCCAUACUCAACAACAGUAUACCAUUUGGUCGCAGAGAAUCAAUUUCGAUGGGCAAACGACUGUCAAUAGGCCCCUGGAUGUUAGGAGGUCGGGUUAGUUUCUCUGGCCUACCUUUGUGUCCGCCUGUACGUGUACCUCAGUUUGAAAACACUUACAAAACUGAGCCAGAUGACGGCUGUCGAUUUGACACAGGCAAAGUCCAGCAUCUUCUGGAUGUCACUGUUGCCAGCUUUUUGAGAGACAAGCGCUACAACCCUAUCACAUGUAGCCAGCUAACUCAGAGUCUGGCAGAUCUUAUCAAAAAUAAAGCAAAAGAACUCAACCCACCUCGGUUUAAGCUGGUGUGCAAUGUCAUUCUAGGACAACUCAAUGACCAGGGAGUGAAAAUUGCCAGUCGCAGCCUGUGGGAUCCUAAAUAUGAUAAUUUUGCAAUUACUAAUUUUAAAAACUCAUCGCUGUUUGCGGUAGCUGCUGUGUAUGGUGUGUACUGUGAGUAAUCAUGCAAAUGCACCUCUGUGCCUCUAUAUGAAUCAUACCGUUUGAAAAACAAGGAUAAGUCAAAUAGUAUUGAAUAUCUUAAUCUGGCCAAAAGCUAAAAAACAAAGAAAAAAAGGCACAAACAUACUCUUUGACUUAUCCUUGUACAAUAUUCUUAGAUUUCAAUACAUGUAUUCUGAAAUAUUAACUUUUACCUGAGAUAUCUCAUAACUGACUUCUAUAUACGAUUUGUUUUUAGAUCCCUAACAGAAAUUACUGCAGGUUUUCUCUGUCCUGUUUUGGCAGAUCUUCAUCUCUGCUAGUUUUCAUUGCAAAUGAGUUCUCAGUCAAUAAAACCACCAAAGCAGUGAGAGGAAAGCACUACUGGGAACACGGUUGUUCUGUACAAUAUAGACUCCUACACUGAAACACAGCAGGUGUAGUUAUGGGAUGUUUUUGAGAAAAACAUCAAUCACUAUUGCCAUGUUGGAGGCUCUGUUAGCCGGAAAAUAUAACAGAAAAAACAUUGAGCUGUGUUAUUGUGCACUGUGGCUCCCUUUGUCGCACUGCCUGAUUGCCUUUACACGGCAAUGGGAUCACUUGACUAUCACCUGCAGUCCAUUUUAGCCUAAUUAUGUCUGCUUUUACACUGACCCAGUUUUAUGUGCAGCUGCUAUGCCUGCUGUAAGCUGCAUCCUGGCAUAGGUUAGCAGUGUCUGUACUUUCAUGCUUGUUUUUCCAUUUUAAUAAGGUUUCUAGUAACUAUGCAAAUGGCAGGACUUACAAUUUGACAUUAUUUACAAUGUAAGCCUCCUGUGGCAUUGUUUAAAAAUGGGCAAUGUGAGACAAGCAAUUCAGUGUUAGACGGAGAUGUGGGAAAAAGGCAGAGGUUGGUCAACAAACAAGAACAUACAAAAGUACAAUGGACUGAGCAAAUAAACCAAGCAAGAAGUUAGAUUAUGAGAGGCUUAAGAAACAAAGAAAGGCAGAGUGGAGAAAGAAGAUUGGACAUUCUGAAUGAAGCCUCUGCAAAUACUAGCAUGAUUAGGCAGUAAUGGUGGUCAAGUAAUUGUCAUUGCCAGUCAUCAGAAAGUAGACGUGUGUGACACAAGGUGUAGUUGAGCUUUAUGUGCCAAGUGUUGCAUCCAGGAGAGUUUAAUUGUUCCUGUAUUUCUGCUGGAAUGGGGUCAUUUCAUUUCUCAUCUUAUUUAGAUUAAUCAAAUAAAGGAAAUAAAUGGAUGGAUUUAAAUUGAGGCACUCAGUGAAAUGCAGAUCCCCUUUAUUUAUGGAGUACGUCUUGAGUGCGCAUUACAUCAGCUAAAUCAAUCCAAAUGAGUGCCUAAGUUGAAAUGUUGUUGGCUGCCUAUAUAAUACUUUAGAUUACUGUAUCAUCAAGUCAUUAUUAAUCUAGCUACAACAUAAACUAGCAUGCAUACUUGGUGUUCAAAAUAAGCUAGAUUUGGGAAUCACUGACUCAGAGCUUAAUAGCUUAUUUUUGCAUAUUUCUCCAUAAGGCACGGAAGCUGCUAGUUGAACAGUAAAAAGAUAUGAAACGCAGAAGAAGUGUCACACAGUAUUUCCAUGUGUGUUGGUCUUGUGUGACUCAUUAGUACUUUUUUGUGGGACAAGAAUCUCCCUGUUAAAUACAAGAAAGCAUAAGGGUGCAGUUUCACUGUAAAUGUUUUGCAAAUGAUUGUGCUUUUUCUGUUUUUUGUAAUGAGGAAAUUUCUGUCCUAUUCAAUCAUUCAAUUGUCAUUUACGUGACUCAUUAUUCAGUUUUGUUUUUAUUCUCUUCAGUAUUGUAUCUUUCUUUUUCCCUACAUUUUCGUACUAAAUGUUUAGUUUAUUAGAUACAAUAGGCCUUCCCUCUACUAUUUCAUCAGCUCCGUUGUAAGUGUAGAUGAUGCUGUAAAAAGGAAGUUAGUUAGGCUAAUAACCUAUUUUUCUGUGUGUGUAUUGCAUACAAAUGUAUGGGGAAAGUGGACAAGACCAAUUGGUUUGAUGUGAUAAAACAGUGGGUACAAAGCUCACUGCCAUGCAUGUGUGAGAAACAGCAGCUAUUCCGAACAACAAAUAAGCAAGAAUACGCCACCACCCAAAGAAAACAGCUGAUGAUGUACCUGUUGAUUCAAGGGGGACUGAAGGGCUUGUGCAGUUAGCCAACAGACAGCUGAGUGCAGGACUAAUAAGUCCGAGCUGACACUCGUGGUGUGUGAUAGUUCUACUCAUUUCAGACACAAAUGUGAUGUGUGGCUGCUGUCAAUAAGGGAACACAACUUCUGAAUUCAGGCAUAUUUUGAAUAAAAGAAACACAUGACAAGAAUGAAUUCUUGUUCCUCCUGACUAUUCUCAAAAGGAUGCUUUACACCACUAGGUUAUGUUUUAGUCCAGCCUGGCAUCUGAAGAAUGAGCUAUUUGGAGUAGAUGUCCACUGAUGUAGAGAAACACUUCAGAACUGACCAGGGCCAGCAUCCCUGUGCCACAGUUUGAACACUUCACUGAGUCUGUGACCUGAUGAAUUCAGACUAUUCUGGGGGUAAAUUGAGGGCACUUUA